GGCACCCGGGGGGCGGAGCCAGGAGGCGGCGUACAUAAGGCCGGGCGCCCGGUUACCCCCCUCACUCGCACGUUAGGAGGCUCUGGUCGUUUCGCACCGUCGUCUUCCUGCCUGCGUCAGGGACCUGCCCUACUCAGUGGCCACCAUGGCAUCAGAUGAAGGCAAGCUUUUCGUUGGAGGGUUGAGUUUUGACACCAAUGAGCAGUCGCUGGAGCAGGUCUUCUCAAAAUAUGGACAGAUUUCUGAAGUGGUGGUCGUGAAAGACAGGGAGACCCAGCGGUCACGGGGCUUUGGGUUUGUCACCUUUGAGAACAUCGACGAUGCCAAAGAUGCAAUGAUGGCCAUGAAUGGGAAGUCUGUGGACGGGCGACAGAUUCGAGUUGACCAGGCUGGCAAGUCAUCUGAUAACCGAUCCCGUGGGUACCGAGGUGGCUCUGCUGGGGGCCGGGGCUUCUUCCGUGGGGGCCGAGGCCGGGGCCGUGGUUUCUCCAGAGGAGGAGGGGACCGAGGCUAUGGGGGGAGCCGGUUCGAGUCCAGAAGUGGGGGCUAUGGAGGCUCCAGAGACUACUACAGCAGCCGGAGUCAGGGUGGUGGCUAUGGUGACCGGAGCUCUGGAGGGUCCUAUAGAGACAGCUACGACAGUUAUGGUAAGUCACGCUCUGAGGGCCAGUGGUGGGAGCUCAGCAAGCCUCAGCACCCUCUAUGAGCGACUCUCAGACCUUGUCACUGUGCUAGCCCAUAAGGGAUGAGAUUGCCCUCUCAGCUCCAUGCCAGCAGCCAUUUCUACAACAAAACAUAAAAGCUAGACCAGCCUGACCAAGAAGGAAAGGGAGACGAGGGGCCUGCCAAGCAGGCAGCAUAACUGCAUGUGCGGCCACCCGGCCCCGCCGCCCUUGGCUGUGGGGGGGGUUGGUUGCUCCCGAGGCUGCAGGGCCGACCUCCAGAUCUGGACCCGGGAGUGGAAUGCUGCCUCUUGUUGCGUGCUUCAGUGCUUUUACACUGUACCUGCUUCUUGUUCUCAGCUACACACAACGAGUAAAAAUCCUUCCUGCUCAAGAUCGUCCUUCCAAUGGCUGUAUAUUUAAAGAUUUUGGGAGCUUCGCUGAAUCGUUAAUGUGUAGUGAACACACCUCCUUGUACCCACUUUUGUAGUCUAAUCAGUUCUGAUCUUGUCAAACACAGCCUGACUGCUUCUGACCCCCGAGAUGGCUUCAAUACUAGACUUUACUUUUCAAGGAAACACUGUCCGUUUUUAAGGGUUUUAAAAACGUUUUGAAAAGCACUUCAGAUUUUACUUUUUUCUUUUUACCAUGAGCCAUGAGUUUUUUAGAAAAUCAUCGGGGGUUGUGUGGGGUUUUUUUGUUUUUGGUUGUGUUGUCUUUUUUACUUCCCUUUAUAGUGGGGUUGGCCUGGUGAAGUUGGGUCCUCCGAUUCAAACCUCUUUGAGAUUGGACGGACUCUGAGUCUGCUCUCUGUUGGAAGCUGAGGGAGCUGUGGCUUUUUUCCAACUUAAUGUACCGUUUCUGAGUGUAGCAUAGUAGGACCUGUCCCAAGUCCCAGGUGGCAGCAGAGGUGCCUUGCCACUUGGGCCCGGCCUGUACGGCCCAUCUGCUGUGUAUGACUUACAGUAGACUUGGAGAUGUCCCCAAGAGGUUCUUGAAAAUGUUUAUUUAUAUUGUCCUUUUUUACUGGAAGACGUAUGCAUAUCCCAUUGAUGUUGUAUUUGAAGUGGUUAAGGAAUUCUUGUAUACAGUUUUUUUUUUGGCUUUACGAAGCAGAUUAAAAAACCAUCUGAAAUGAACCUCGCUCUGACAAUUUCCCUUUCAUUGCUCAACACACUCCUGCUGCGAGCUCUUGGCACUCAGAACUCAGCAGAGAGGGCAAUUUGAGAAGCAGGUCUGCGAGUCCUGCCUGAGGCCCAUGGAGAUCUAGACCAGGAAGGCAGAGUAAACUGACACUGGUGGGCCCCUGGUGACAGCCGACUGCCACCAGUCCUGGUUAGGUGAGCAGGUGGCUGACGGGAAUGGGUAGGUUGGACGUCGAGGCAGCCCCUGGGAGGCUUCUGGCAGUGGCAGCCGGAGGGCUCAAUGGGGCGGGCAGUGCAGCAAUGACUGGACCCACGCGGGCACCUGACGUUGACCCGACUGCCUUAGCCUAGAAGCAGGCCAGAGAGCAGACGGCAGGCAGUGUCCCUGGGCGACCGCAGACUGACUGCUCAUUAGCUAGCUCUGCUGUUGCUUCACAAGUUCUGAGAGUUCUCCGCUAGCCUAUGGAAGCUGCAGCCCCUCGGAGGACAGAAGUGUUGUGCGCCCAACAGAAACCUCUGAGACGCAAGCUGCUCCCUUGGCUAGCUCAUAUGUGGAAAUAGCCCUGUAAUUCGAGGUUGAAGGGAAGCCAGUGCAACUUGGAAAGGUGGCCCAAGAACAGUGAUGACCUGGGGUCCUGUCCCAUGAGGGACUUCACCUCGGAGCAGGAACCAGAUGCCCAGCCCCCUGCUCUCUCAGCUUGUCAUCUCAGGUGUUUUAUUGGCAAGGUUGGAGUGCAGGGUUUCAAGUCACUCAGGAGGACCGGUGUGUGGCAGCCUGCACGUGGCCAGUCCUCACCUGCAACAGUGUGACAGAAUGUGGAAGUCAGAUUUUAAUAAAGGACUGGUGUGUCUACCUAGAAA